GUCUAGCAUCCUCUAAACCAUCAUUAAAUUGUGUAGAAAAAGAUUUUUAUUUCUAUUUGAUGCAUCAAGUCGAUGGUGACUUCUUGGUUGAUCAAAUUGAUGGCUUUGUCCUUCCGGACAGUUGCAGCCACCUCAAAGAACUUGCGUCUGCGCAAGCCCGGCAAGCACCGUUGAAAGCCAAGCGAUGGAAUGGAGGGAUUGUCGUUUCUGGAGAUGCUGUCAUUUUCUUGAAUUUCGAUUUGUCCUCUAGCCAGAGCAGUAAAUUAAAGUUCCUUGCCAUCAGCGGCAUCAGCAUAGCAAUGAUGACAACAAGCUGA